AAAAAAGAAUGGAUAAAAGUAAAGAGUUAUAAUCCAAUUUCCAGGAAAGGACAUAAAAUAAUUUCCGUGGUAAUUAUGUUUUCCGUAGAUAUAGAGAAAAGGAAAAUGAAAGCGCACACAGAGCAUUAAUUGGCUCACCACCACUAUCCCCCCACCCUCCUGCCUAUUAAUAUAACCAACACUCCGCCCCCUUCUUCCCCAAACUCCCACCUGUUUCCGUAUAUCUAUCUCAACAUCAAUUUCCCAUUUCUCCCCACUAUUUUAUAAUCUGUACCAGUAAUUCAAACUUAAUUGAGCCUACAGGAGCGAAGGAAGCGGAGAUGGAAGGGGUUUCAGCCACCGUAUACAAAGGAAUCAAAGGAUACUGGCGGAGGAAAGGCUACGUGCGGCUGAACGCCGCCGGCCGGAAGCGGAAAACGCGGACGGUGGAGCUAGCUUCCGCCGCCGAGGGCUCGACUCGACGCCGUCGUUUCUGGCGGAUCAAGCUGACGCGGCGGCUGAAGCUGAAGCUCCGCUUCUCACCGAAGAAGUUUUUGCUCGGCUUGCGAGAUGCGUACGUUAACAUGAUGUUGAGAAUUGCGAACACGCGGGUGGCUGGCGGCGGAUACGGUGGCGAUGGAGUGGCCGGAUUCGGAGCGAGGCCGGUGAAAGAGUACGACGAGCGGAUGAUUGUGGAGAUCUACAAAUCAAUUGUGAUGGCGCAGGGGCAAAUCGUGCCCCGCGACGCAGCGUGGAUCGGCUCCGAAAUUACCUGCCGACGGUAAUUAAUUUAUCCACAAAUUGAUUAAUUACUAAUUAGCUGUGCUGUUUAUAUUUCGAUUUCCACUCAAUCGGAUCAAUAAAAUUAAAAUCUCAAUUCCAGUUUAUCCGUAUUCACGUUUUCUCUGCAACGAAUCUAUUGUUAUUAAUUAUAAUACUUACUAAUUCAGUA